CAAAGAGAAGAAGACAAAUUUGCUGGUGUGAUGUAUCUAAUUUUAUUUUACUAAAAUGUUGUUUCUUUUAACGCUAUGUUAGCUAGCUAGCCAUCCGGACAUGGCUCAGUUGCCCGAACAAGGACGUCGACAGUCGGACUGCGACUAAUGCCUUAACCUCCCUCGCUUGCCUUGUACCAGAGGAGCUGAGAACAAGAUGCUGCUGAAGAUGCCCCAGAAGUUGUUGAAGACUGCCCACUAUAUAGAGCUGGGCAGCUACCAGCACUGGCCAGUGCUGAUACCCCAGAGGAUAAGACUGUACACCUACGAACAAAUCCCCCUCUUCCUCAAAGAAAACCCCUACAUCACAGACGGCUACAGGGCUCACCUGCCAUCCAAGCUCUGCCUUAAGAGUAUUUUUAUUCUGUCCAAUGAGACGGUGAAUAUCUGGAGCCACCUGCUAGGCUUCCUGCUCUUCUUCUCUCUAGGAGUCAAUGACCUCUCCUCCGUACUGCCAGCCUCUGGAGCUAACAGAGAAGACUAUGUCAUCUACGCCAUAGGGCUGUUCUGCUUCCAGGUGUGCAUGUUGUGUUCAGUGGGAUAUCACUUGUUUUCGUGCCACCGAUCAGAGAAGACGUGCCGUCGCUGGCUGGCAUUAGACUACGCAGGCAUCUCUGUUGGCAUCUUGGGCUGUUAUGUACCUGGGAUCUUCUACGCUUUCUACUGUAAUGCUUUUUGGCGACAGGUCUACUUGCUGACCGUGCUCUCCCUGAUCCUCGCCGUCUUCUGCGCUCAGGUCCACCCUCGUUACCUCAGCAAUGACUGGCGACGGAUACGUAUGGCAAUCUUCUGUUGCGUGGCUGGCAUCAGUGUGAUUCCUGCGUGCCAUUGGGUCUGGCUCAAUGGAGGAUUCACCUCUGAUGUUGUACAGCUGUUCCUGCCUCGUGUGAUAGUGAUGUACCUGAUAGCUGGAUCUGCCUUCCUGUUCUACGUCACCAAAAUACCUGAACGCUAUUUCCCUGGCCAGUUGAACUACCUGGGCGCCAGUCACCAGGUGUGGCACAUUCUCGUGGUUGUGAUGUUUUACUGGUGGCACCAGACGGCUGUAUACAUCAUGCACUUCAGGCACACCCAGCCCUGUCCGACCCGCACCAGCAGCAGCUAAGUGAAACUGAUCAAAUAAUCUAAUCGGUUGUAGGUUAAGAAACAGUUAAACUCGUUAUGUUAAUAUUCAAAACCUUCUAACCAGUUACAGCAGUUGCUGGUUAGAACUCUCUACCUAAAGGUCUGUGAACCACUAACUACCAGAAGCUCCUGACUAUUAGCUGCUAAAACAGAGAGUGUGACAGUAAUGAGCAGCCAUUAGCUUUUACUGAGCUGCUGGUUACUGUUGAUGCUUGUGGCCUGGGCAGCUGUUAAAGGCCAGUAACCUUUGAUAAAGUCUAUUCUAACAGCAGAUAUCACCUAACAGUGGCUAGGAGACUUAAAUUAUCCUGUGAAAAUUGCAACAGACCGGAGCCUGUACUGCUUCUUAGUUCUGGGCUGUUGGCUAUUGGUCAGUAGACUUAAGUUUAGCCUUCAGGGACUGUGAACCGAUGUCAAAAGUGAUGCAGCUGCACCACAAUGAUCCCCUCUGAUGCAUAGAAAAUACAGCAUGCAACCCCUGAUGUUGCAUCCUAACCACUAGGUCAAUGCAUGAAGCAGGAGUUUAUAUUUAUUUGUAGACACAAACCGAGCUUUGGUGUUUUUAUUGAUAAUCAUGUUCUCUCUUAGUUUGUUUAGAAUGUGAAUUUUGUACAUCAAGAAACUAUAAUGGCCUGUAUGAACAAUGACUUUUUUUGCCUAUGAGUUUGGUUUAUCUAUCAAUUUGUUCAAGAUUAAAUUGUCUGAAAUGAAAGGUGGAAAGCACAGAAAGGUGCAGGACCACUAAAAAAUUCAGUAUGUAGAUGCUCAAUUACCUGUCUGUGGAGAAACAAUGUCUCAAUACCUUCAAGUAUGUGAAGCUUUCGAACAAAUAGUUAAAGGUCAACCAGCAAUCAGUCGGCAAUAACUGAUGAGGUGCAGAGCUGAAACAAAAUGUUGGAACCUGUUUGGUCUUUGAAAUAAAUUAGGAGGCACUUUUGGACAAAAAUAAUAUUUAAAAAACAGUUUUAUGGGAUUAUUAUAUGCCUUUGGUUAAAAGUGGUUCAAAAACCUGAGCAAAUUAAAUCACUAGACCAGUGAGAUAUUUUUUUAAUGUGAAAUGACUCCUAAAUAGAUUGAAUUCUGCAGUAAAGACAAUGAAAUCACAUUUUUGCUGACAGCUCGCUGAACAGUAGCACUGUGAUAAGCCAUAGGGAUUAUCACGUAUCAGCUGUAGUGGUUAUCAGUUGUCACCCCUGUGGCUUUUCUAUUAUAAAGUCUACCAUAAAGGCUGUGUAAGUGAAAAAUUAUUGUCUGCUUGUUGUUCAAAUAAGACCAGUGUAAAGUGCUUCAGGUACCUUCAAUGGCUGUUUUUUCCUCAGUAACCUUUGGGACAGUUACAUAUUUUAAUGUUUAAUGUGAUGUUUUGCAUUUGUUUGUACUUCAUUUGCCUUAUAUUGUUUGAGUAUUGUACACACUUACUGUUACGAUCAGUUUUUGGUCAAGAGGUGAACAAAAAGGAUGGACAACAAAAUGAUCAAACUCAGACCAAUAUCAUCUUUGCUGUUACACCACAAAGCCAGUAUGUUUUGUUUUUUGUUUCUUUUUACAGUGAGAUUUAAUAGUUGAAACGAGUUAUGAAGAACUGCAGAGCUGGAAAAUGCACUGUACAGGUGCUAAAAGAAUUGACUUCAUUUUGCCUUCUUGAGUGUGUUCUUUCUUUUUAUUUUUGAACGUGGCCCUCGGACUAUCACAAACUGCUUGGUCUUUUCUGUGAAUGAACUCAUGAUUGUUUUAUCCCUUGUUUGUGCUUUUCUUAAAUAUCGUUUGUAUGAUGGCGCUGACUUACGAGAUGUAUAAUAUUUAUUUCAGUGCCUCUGUGAAAAUACAUUUUUAAACAUUUUGAAUGAAUAAAGAAUGCUGGA